GAAAGUAAAACGCGUCUUUCGUUGUUGUAUUUUUACUCUUUCUCGGUUUUCCUUCAUUUUAUUUUUUCUCUCUACCCAAACAGCCCAAAAAAUUAGGGUUAGGGUUUUCAAAAAAACUCAAACCAGAAGAGAAACCCAGAUUUCCAACUUCAAAUUCUUAUAUAAAAAGCUAAAAGGAAGCUUUUUUAAGUGUUUCUAUAGUACCCUUUGAAAAGGGCAUCUAAGGAAAUGGGUUCUUUUUCAGCUUCAGUUAUCAAGUGGCAGCCAUUUUUCUUACUCUUCUUCUGUGUAUUGAGCAGUGUCGUUUUGAGUGAUGAUUCUUCUGACAAAGCUGUUCUUCUUCAGUUUAAGAAGUCUGUCUCAGAUCCUUCAGGGCUUUUGUCCACUUGGACCGAAACUUCCCAUCACUGUUCAUGGUCGGGUGUUACAUGUGACAAAAGCUCCAAGGUUUUGUCUCUUAACAUAACCGGUUUUGGAAAAAGGCAAAAAGGUAAUUCCAAAAAUACCGUUGCUUCUGUCUCGUUUUCUUGUUCUGAUUACAGUUUAUUUCCAUUUUAUGGAUUUGGUAUUAGAAGGAAUUGUGGGGAAAGUAAUGGGAGUUUGUCUGGAAAGUUGUUACCUUCUAUUGGAAAAUUGAGUGAACUUAGAAUUUUAUCACUUCCUUUUCAUAGAUUUAGUGGUGAAAUUCCUGCUGAAAUUUGGGAGUUGGAAAAAUUGGAAGUACUUGAUUUAGAGAACAAUUUGUUAUCUGGGCCAUUGCCUGUUAGCGUUACUGGGUUAAAGAAUUUGAGAGUUCUUAAUUUGGGGUUUAAUAACAUUAGUGGAGGGAUACCGAGGUGGCUUUCGAGUUUGGAACAAAUGGACAUAUUGAAUUUGGCUGGUAAUCUUGUGAAUGGAACCAUUCCCGGAUUUGUUGGAAGGUUUAGAGGUGUUUACUUGUCCUUUACAUUGCUCAGUGGGUUGUUGCCAGCUGAUAUCGGUGAAGGUUGUAAACUUGAGCAUUUGGAUUUGUCAGGGAAUUACUUCCAUGGGCAGAUUCCUGCUAGUUUGGGGAAGUGUAGUCAGUUGAGGUCAUUGUUGUUGUAUACAAAUUUGUUGGAGGAAGGGAUACCGCGUGAAAUUGGUCAGCUUCAGAAUCUUGAAGUGUUGGAUGUUUCGAGGAAUAGUUUGAGUGGUCAGAUACCUGUUGAGCUUGGGAAUUGUUCUGGAUUGACUGUGCUUGUUCUCUCAACUAUGUUUAAUCCAUAUGAUGACCUUGCUAUGGCUAAAGGAGAUCCAAGUUCUGUAAAUGAUGAUUUUAAUUUUUACCAAGGUGGGAUUCCUGAUGAAAUUACAAAGCUUUCAAAGCUGAGGGUAUUAUGGGCUCCAAGGGCAACGCUUGAGGGCAACUUGCCAAGUGAUUGGGGUGCUUGUGAUAACUUGGAGAUGGUAAAUUUGGCUCAGAAUUUUUUUUCUGGGGAAAUUCCUUUUGGUCUUAGUCUCUGCAAGAAGCUCCGGUACCUUGACCUAAGCUCAAAUAAGCGCCUUACCGGAGCGCUUAUUGAGGAACUUGCAGUUCCUUGUAUGAGUGUGUUUGAUGUCAGUGAAAAUUCCUUGUCAAGUUCUAUCCCUAGAUUCUAUAACCAUGGAUGCCCUGAUGUUCUUACCUCAGAUUCGUAUUCCUCUGAACCCUUCAACCCAACUUCUGCAUAUUUAUCUUUCUUUGCAAGUAAAGCUCAGGUUGGAACAUCUUUUGAGUUUUUUGGAGGAGAUGGUGGUCCUGCUGUGUUUCACAACUUUGGAGGUAACAACUUUACUGGCAGUGUCUUGUCAAUGCCAAUUGCACCACAAAGAUUAGGGAAACAGAUUUCUUAUGCAUUUUAUGCCGGAGAAAACUUGCUCAGUGGACCAUUCCCAGGGAAUUUGUUUGAGAACUGCAAAGGAUUGAAUGCACUGUUUGUUAAUGUUAGCUACAACAGAAUGUCUGGUCAGAUUCCUGCUGAAAUCAGUAAAAUUUGCAAAUCGCUCAAAUUUCUGGAUGUGUCUGUGAAUCAAAUAACUGGGCCCAUUCCCCCUAACAUUGGAGACUUGGUUUCCCUUGUUUCUCUUAAUUUGAGCUGGAACCUGUUAAAAGGCCAGAUUCCAAACAGUUUUGGGCAGAUGAAGGAUCUCAGGUAUCUUUCUUUGGCUGGUAACAAUCUGAUCGGAUCUAUUCCUUUCACCUUUGGGCUGUUGGAAUCUUUAGAAAUGCUGGAGCUGUCAUCAAAUUCUCUUUCUGGUGAAAUUCCUGAAAAUCUGGUUAACUUGAGAAACCUGACUGUUCUUCUGCUCAAUAACAACAAACUGUCUGGGCAAAUUCCCUCUGGUUUGGCAAAUUUGACCAUGCUCUCUGUAUUCAAUGUAUCCUUCAAUAACUUGUCUGGGCCACUGCCAUCAAGUAAUAAUUUGAUGAAAUGCAGCAGUCUUCUUGGAAACCCUCUUCUACAGCCUUGCCAUGCGUACUCAUUAAUGCCAUCUUCAGAUGAAGCAAGAGCAGGUGAUUCACAAAAUUAUGCUGCAUCACCAACGGGAUCCACAACUCAAAUGAAUAGAAAUAAUGGUUUCAAUGCAAUCGAGAUAGCAUCAAUAACUUCUGCUUCAGCCAUUGUAUCAGUUCUUCUGGCUCUUGUUAUUUUAUUCCUCUAUACCAGGAAGUGGAAUUCAAAAUCCAAAAUUGUCAGCACCACCAAAAAAGAAGUGACAAUUUUCAACGACAUUGGGGUCCCUUUGACAUUUGACAGCGUUGUGCAGGCCACAGGGAAUUUCAAUGCCAGCAACUGUAUUGGGAAUGGAGGUUUUGGGUCCACUUAUAAAGCUGAGAUCUCUCCUGGAGUUUUGGUGGCAAUAAAGCGGCUUGCAAUUGGACGGUUGCAAGGCUUUCAACAGUUUGAUGCAGAAAUUAAAAUCCUUGGGAGGUUGCGCCACCCAAAUCUUGUCACUUUAAUUGGUUAUCAUGCCAGUGAAACGGAGACAUUCCUUGUAUACAAUUAUUUGUCAGGUGGUAACUUGGAGAAUUUUAUUCAGGAGAGGUCCACAAGAGCUGUGGAUUGGAGGAUACUUUACAAGAUUGCUUUGGACAUAGCCCGUGCUCUUGCUUACCUACAUGAUCAAUGUGUCCCACGUAUUCUCCACCGCGAUGUCAAGCCCAGCAAUAUCCUGUUGGAUGAUGAUUACAAUGCUUAUUUAUCAGACUUUGGUUUGGCCAGACUUUUGGGAACUUCAGAAACCCAUGCUACCACGGGUGUUGCUGGAACUUUUGGGUAUGUUGCUCCGGAAUAUGCAAUGACUUGCCGUGUUUCUGAUAAAGCUGAUGUUUACAGUUAUGGGGUGGUGCUUCUUGAGUUGCUCUCAGAUAAGAAAGCCUUGGAUCCCUCGUUUUCUCGCUAUGGAAAUGGUUUCAACAUUGUUCAAUGGUCCUGUUUGCUCUUGCGACAAGGCCAGGCAAAGGAAUUCUUCACUGCAGGGCUAUGGGAUGCAGGUCCCCAAAAUGACUUGGUCGAAGUUCUACACUUGGCAGUUGUGUGUACCGUUGAUUCUCUCUCUACCAGACCUACUAUGAAGCAAGUAGUACGGCGGCUGAAGCAACUUCAGCCACCAUCUUGCUAGUUUACCUGACAAAGCUUCUAUUGACUAACAGUGUUUGUAGGUCAUUGUCGCCGGCUGGCCUUUUAGGUAGAGUUCUAAAGCUGUAGUUAUUGCCACUUUGUAAAUUGUAACAGAGUUUUUCCCCCAUUUUUCUGAUGCUAUUUCUCGGAUGACUCUGCAGAAGAAUGCAGAUUUUUUUUGUUUUUUUAAAUUCAAGUUGUACGUGCAUCUGAGCUUCAUUUGAUGUCCUAAUAAAACAAUAGAAUAGUUUUCCACUUUACAGUUCAGUGUCAUGUCUAUUUUAGUUUAAUCUAUAUGAAAGAUACUUCUGGAACUCUAGAAGGCAAGUGAUGUUGAACAGUUGAAGCUACGGGGUGGGGUAAGGUUCAGUUUCAAAAUUAAUUCAAAUUUGAAUCAAAUUAAAUCAUUUAAUAUCUGAAUUUACACCGAACACUACAUCCAUUAUCAGGUACAAUGAUUGUUCCAUUGUUAAGAGGAUUGCAAAUGCAAAUAAAGUUGUGUCAGCACUUCAAAAUGAACAUAUUCCCUCUGUGUAUCAGAUAAUCUUCAAAAUCUAAAGGAUAGUGCAUCUAGUUUAAGAGUAUGACAUUGGAAUGAUCUGCAGCAUUUCCUUUGAUAUAUGCAAACUUCUGAUAUCAUUUUUUGACCCAAGAUUAAGAAAUAAAUACUUGCAAGAUUUCCUCUUGAAAUUGCUAACUUUGCUGUUGCAAA